AUGGGGAAGCAUCCGUUGCACUGGAUCAAUUGUAAAUUUUUUGACUGUGCUUAUGUUGCAGCAGUGUCGUCCGCGUUCGCUUAUAGAUAUGACCCUUGGUAUCGCGCGGACACGGAACGUCCGGUAGACAUCAUCACCGACGUCAUCAACGAUCUCGGGGUAAAGAUCCUUCAGCAAUACACGGGACACGGAAACAUAGCGUUUUCACCUACAGGAAUCGCCUUCGUAUUAGCAGCCCUUUACGAAGGAUCCACUGGUAGGGGAAGUCAACAGAUCGCCGAAGUCAUAAGGUUACCACCCAGAGAUGUUACCAGGAUCGGUCUCAGGGAUAUCCACCGGCGAUUGAGAAGUUAUCUCAAUGCCGAUGGCUUCCUGGGCGGGUUGACACUAAGCAAGGAAAACACGGUACUCCGUCCCGAGUACGAGGACAUCCUGAGGUUUUACGGCUUCGAUCUGUCGAGUAUCGAGCAAGAAGCGAACGUUACCGUCAAUACGGAAGACUCUUCGGUUACAACUCCCGCACUUCCAACGUCUACUGCCAGCUCGACGAUCCCGAUGGAGCCGAUAGAAACCAGGAAUGAACCGGACACGACGACGACGUUAACCAUUACGACGCUUCCUUCGGAAACCACGAUCACUUCAUCAGCUACUCCACAAAGCGUCACUGAAGAGCAACCGAUUACAGUCGCGAGUCCAGAAUCAACUGUUCCAAGCACGUCAUCGACACCAGAAUCAACUGUUCCAAGCACGUCAUCGACACCAGAACCAGCUGUUCCAAGCACCUCAUCGACACCAGAAUCAGCUGUUUCAAGCACGUCAUCGAUACCAGAACCAGCUGUUCCAAGCACCUCAUCGACACCAGAAUCAGCUGUUUCAAGCACGUCAUCGACACCAGAACCAGCUGUUCCAAGCACCUCAUCGACACCAGAAUCAGCUGUUCCAAGCGCAUCAUCGACGCCAGGUUCUUCACCUGCUGUCAUUUCCGAAGAAAGUGUCCAGCCAACAUCAACAACUAUUAUAACAAACGAUCGAGCUUCCUCGACUGUCGUCGAGGAUGCUGGAGGAGACCAAAUUGUCGCGAAUACUACAAUUCCCAAUUCUACAGAGAAUGCAGAAGAUGCAAAUGCGCCAGAUGUGACUUCCAACGUGAAUAUUGAAACACCGCAGGACGCAGAUAGGACAACUACGGCGGCUAAUGUCCUGGCGGACGACAGAAUACAAAGUGACAUCACCGAUGGAAAUCCCGUUACCUCGAAUUCGUUAAUUAGCGCGAUAUCGACGUCUUUAACCGAUUCUACGAACUUAACUACUUUGAGUCCCGUUAUCGAGACGACGGAUAACAGUGUUAUUUCGCAAUCGAGAAUGACAUCGGUGUCGGCAGAACUUCCAGCCGGAAAUACGCCGGAGAUGAUUGCACGGGAUCUCGCGACGACGCCGAUCAUUAGUGUUAAUCACGACGCUACGAUGUCAUCCGUCCAAGCGAUAAACACGACGAUGACUUCGAGGGAUCUCGUCGAAGAUUCGAAUGACUUCGCGAUCGUCAAUUCCACGGAUAAUCAGGCGAAUGGGAAUGCCGUUUCGACGAAUCGUAAGAAGAAAGGAGCGGAACCAGAUCUGAAAGUUGUAUUGAACGAUGGUACCGUUAGAGAUGAAUCGAUAAAUCGCGGAUCGCCGAAUCUACGCAGGACGAGGAGUCCACGAGGAUACUUCUCCAGCUAUCCAGAUGAAGGUAUCUGGAUGCAAGACCUGGAGAUUUGGAAAUCGUACAGCAACCCGGUAAAUCCGAGCGAAUCCCCCGCCGGAGAUUCUGCGGCGGAGAUAUCGUUUCUGGUGAACGGUUGCGAUGUUUCCUCGGUAUCGGCCUCGAGAUACAUCGCCGUGCUGCCUUUCGCGUACUUCCCAUCGUUGCACGCUGUCGCGCUCGAGUUUCCUCUGGACGAUCCCCGGUACAACAUUAUACUUCUUAUGCCAACGGAUAAAACGGACACGCACCGUCUGGCGAGAGAUCUCAGCGGGAAGUCAUUGAGAUCGUUGAGGAAGCGAUUACAGCCUACUUGGGUCAGGGCCACGAUACCUUCGUUCAUGCUACGCGGUUUCGUCACACUGACGUCAUUCCUGCAAAGGCUGGGAAUCGUGGACGUCUUCGAGCCGAGACUGGCCAAUCUGUCACCCAUGACAUCCGACCUUGGUGUAUACGCCCGGGACGUUCAACAGAGUAUAGGGGUCAAUAUAAGGAAUUACAUGAAACCCGAUCGCACCCAUUCCCGUAACGGUCUGUUCGAGAGAGCCGGACCUGUACCUUUUACAGCGUUGCAUCCCUUUUUUUAUUUCAUCGUCGACACCGAGACUUCGGUGAGUCUAAUCGCCGGUCGAGUGGACGACCCGCUUAAUUCAAGAAUACUGUAGACAUGUAUAAUUUAUACGAUAUUCUAAGAUUUUUAAAUAAACAUUCGUUUAUUUGACGAUACUUAUAAAUAGCUAUAUCUUAUAAUGUAUAGACUUCUCCAGCUCGCACACACAACUAUUACCAAGUACACGCAAUUAACAUUGUGCUCUGUACAAAAUCCUAUUUGUAAAUAAAGAAGUAUAAAGAUAAGAGGCAGUGUAAUUUGAAAUGUGCAAGGAUUGAGCAUUUGGGAGAACAUUCCGAGUUAUCUCGACUCGUAGAGUAGAAAGGGCAAUGUCUUUAUAUCUUGCUAAUCGACACAAACAUUAUAAAAAUUAUAUAUGUUCAUUGAUUUAUUACUGAUGUAACUUGUGCUUAAGUUGAAUUUAUCUAAUUUGUGAAAUUUAAGUAUCCGAAUAAAACAGAUUUUUUACAUCGUAAUAAAUUUAUAAUUAAUACAUAUCUAUAUAAAAUAUCUCAAAAAUCACAAUUUUCUU